GACCACAUCGUGGGCGGUACGCUGAUGACGAUGCGGGAUACCUUCCUCACCCAGGCCGAGUACAGCCGCCUGGUGUACGAGUGCGUGGCCCAGGACUGCAGCGGCUCCUGGGAGGUGUGGAUGGAGGAGCCCGCGCUGCUCAAGCCCCGCAAGCUGUGGACGGGCAAACAGGUGUUCACCGCGGUGCUCAUGCACUACACGCGCGACCAGCUGCCCUUCACCAUGUACGCCGACUCCAAGGUCUCCAACGACAUCUGGGGCAAGAACAACGGCGCGAUGCACCCGCUGGGCAGCGAGGUGGUCAAGGCGUGCCUGCCCGGCGGCCAGCGCAAGCCCUUCCGCCACAACAUGAUGGCGCUGAUGACGGUGACGGGCGCCAAGGGCUCGGUGGUCAACUUCUCUCAGAUCUCGUGCCUGCUGGGGCAGCAGGAGCUGGAGGGGCGGCGCGUGCCGCGCAUGAGCAGCGGCAAGACGCUGCCCUGCUUCGCGCCCUACGACGCGGGCGCGCGCUCGGGCGGCUUUGUGGGAGACCGCUUCCUCACCGGCCUGCGCCCCCAGGAAUAUUACUUCCACUGCAUGGCGGGGCGGGAGGGGCUGGUGGACACAACCGUCAAGACGUCGCGAUCGG